AUGUCCCUCCUUCAGGCCCCGGACGGGGCAACCAAGAACCCCAGUCGAGAAAGCAUACAGGAACAGUCUCGCGACGCCAACAGCCAAGACCACGCACGCUCGCUCAGUCCGAGUCCGAACCAAGAUGACCUCGAGUCUGGCGACGAUGUAGACAUUGCUGAGAUUGAGCGCAUCUAUCGCAAAAUCGACCUCCGCAUUAUCCCCGCCUUCUGGACGCUCUACUUCCUCUGCUCAGCGAUCCGCUCCAACAUCGGGCUCGCGCAGACGAUGAACAUCGAGACGCACCACACUCUCGGUGAAGUCCUCAACAUCUCGCAGCAUGAGAUCUCAACGGGCCUCGCGCUCUUCUACGUCUGCUAUGUCGUCUUCGACCUACCUUCAAACCUCAUCAUGACCAAGCUGAGUCCGCACGUCUGGAUGAGUCGUAUUGUCAUCGGCGUAGGGAUUAUUGGGAGCUGCAUGGCUGCUAUGGAGGCUGCGUGGAGUUUAUACCUCCUCCGCCUCCUCCUCGGCAUCGUAAUCGCCGGAAUGUGGCCCGGCAUGGCCUACUACCUCACGCUCUUCUACCCGCCCUCCCGCACAGGGAAACGUAUCGGCCAGUACUACACAGCCGCACAACUCUCCGCGGCCGUCGUCGGCCUCGUCUCGGCGGGGUUCCAGAAAAUGGAUGGCGCCCGGGGCCUCGUCGGGUUUCAGUGGAUGUUUCUCGUUUACGGGGUUAUUACUGUUGCUGUGGGCAUUGCGUUGCUUUGGUGGUUGCCGGAUCGACCGAAGCCCCCGGCGGGGGUUGAGCAGGGACAGGGAGAAGAAGAGCAAGAGGGAGAAGGAGAUGGACAACGAGGAGAAGGAGGGUCCAAAAACAAACUCACCAAAUACCUCCCCUUCCGCCUCCCACAAAGCCGUCCCGUCCUAACAGGCCGCGACGCCGAAAUCCACUACCGCGACCUGACACGCGUCUACAAGCGUCCCCGAUGGACAGUCCGGAACCUGCUCGCCGUCCUGCUGGACUGGCGCCUGUGGCCGCUACUGAUCAUGUACUUCGGCGUGGUGGGCGUUGGCAUUGGCGUGCAGAAUUACGCGACGGUCAUCAUCCACUCGAUCAACCCCUCUCUUUCGGGGAUUUCGCUCAGUUUGCUUACGGCGCCGAUUUGGCUUAUGGACCUCCUCGCGAUCCUCCUCCUAACCCCGCUAAGCGACCGCUUCCACCACAGCCGCCCCGCCUUCUUCAUCCUCGGCGCAGCGCUGCAAAUCACCGGCCUCCUCAUAACAACCUUCACAGGCACCAGCGACAACCCCUGGCCGCGCUACGGCGGCCUGCUGAUCAUCGGUUUCGGGCUCGGCCCGACAGUCCCGACGACGAUGGCCUGGACGACGGAGAUCUUCCAGCCGCGGCAUGGCGAGGUCGGUGUUGCGGCGGCCUCUGCGGUUGUGUCCGGGUGGGGGAAUUUGGGGAGUAUACUCACGACGUAUGCGCUUUAUCAGGGGUGGGAGUCUGAUGCGGCUGCGCCGGGGAGGGAGAAGUUUCGCAAGAGUAAUUUGGUUAUGGUCGGGAUUUUGGGCGGGAGUAUACUGGCUGCGUUGGGGAUGUGGGGGGCUGUUAGGGUUUUCCCGGGAAAGUCAGGAGAUGGGGGUGACGGGGAGGGCGAGGAUGGGCAUGGGAAGAUUGUGGAUGGGGCGGCGAGGAGGGAGCUUGAGCAGCGGGGGUUUGAGGGUUUGGGGAGAGGGUUCACGAGGUUCUUCAAAAGGAUCAAACAGUAG